AUGGUCAAUCUCACUGUCCUAGACUUGAGCAUCAAUAAACUGAAUGGAUCCAUCCCAAAGGAACUAAGUAAGUUGCAAAAUCUACAAACAUUGAACCUAGGCAACAACAAUCUUGGUGGUCUCAUUCCCACAUCUUUUGGCCAACUAAGCAAACUCAGAAUUGUAAACAUUUCCAUGAAUCACAUCAAUUUGACCUUAGAAAAACUCGAUCUUAAUCAUAACAAUCUUGUGGGUCCGAUUUAUCCUGAAUUUGGGAUGAUGUCAAGACUCUUUUAUCUUGAUUUUUCAUCAAACCAGUUGUCGGGAAAUGUAUCUUUUCAAAAGCCAUGUAAUUUCCAGCAUCUAGACCUGUCUAUGAAUCUUAUGACCGGAGUUGUCACAGGACUAAGUGCUUGCAAUUAUUUGGAGUACUUGGACAUUAGUGGUAAUAACUUUUCUGGACAAAUGCUAAACAUAUCAAACUUUCCAAAUUUGGUGUUCUUAAAUCAGUCUCAGAAUCAUCUCAUAGCAAUUGUUCCUGACCAUUCUCCGAGAAACAAACUCGUGCUCUAUUUGGCCACUUUAAUUCCUACCAUUGUUGGAGGUGGCUUCUUAGUGCUUUUGUAUGUGCAUUACCAUCAUCACAAGGCUAGAACGAAGAAGUUCCAGCAGCCAGAAACAACAAGGCAUGGAGAUGUAUGCUCAAUAUUGAAUUAUGAUGGAACACUUGCAUAUGAAGACUUCAUUAAUGCUACAGAGGACUUUGAUCUCAAAUAUUGUAUCGGAACAGGUGGCUAUGGUAGUGUUUAUGAAGCAAAACUACCAAACGGUAAAACCUUUGCUUUGAAAAAACUUCAUAGGUUUGAAGCCGAGCAACCAGGCAUUCAACCAAAGUUUCAAGAACGAGGUCCAAGUCUUAACCAACCUAAGGCACAAAAACAUAGUGAAACUCUAUGGUUUUGUCUUGCAUAA